AUGGCGUGUCUUCACACUGCCUCGGAAGCUCUUCACCCCCCAACCCCUAGCCAAUCUGUGUAUCGCGUUGAUUGUACCCAGUGUUUUGAUUCAAUAGACGAUGUAUCUGGGCUGAAUGUGUGUCUCUAUUGUUUCAACGGGGGCUGCACUGGAGACAGAGACCAUGCGAAGCUUCACCGUGCCCUUUCGGGCCAUCCGUUGGCAUUGAAUAUCAAGAGAAGCCGCAAGCCGAGGGACGAACCUCCGCCCAAGAUGUCAAAGCUAGCAAUUGCCCCUGUGACCGAAGAAGAUCGCUAUAAUACUGUGACAAAAGUAAUAUGCUACGAUUGUGAAAUUGAUAAUAUCGAUCCUUCUACUUCUCCAAGACUCGCGGAGGUGGUAGACGGGGUCAUGUCAGCGUUGACAUUUUCUAGGAAGGAGGAAGUCAAAGCCUGGGAACUCGAACUUACGUCCUGCGAGCAUGUUUUAUGUCUGAACCAAGAAAAAAAUGAUUCAGUAAAAGCCGAACAACUAGCCCAUUGUUCCCAGUGCGACCUACGAGAAAAUCUCUGGCUUUGCCUACAAUGCGGAAAUGUCGGCUGCGGUCGCAGUCAGUUCGGGGGUGUGGGAGGUAACUCGCAUGCACUAGCACACGCUCAAGACUCAAGUCAUACUGCCGCAGUCAAGCUUAAUUCCAUCACACCAGAAGGAUCUGCUGACAUAUUCUGCUAUUCGUGCAACGAAGAAAGAAUCGAUCCAGAUCUUGGAGACCAUUUAGCUCACUGGGGAAUCAUGAUUGCUGAUCAAAAGAAAACUGAAAAGAGCCUUACAGAGAUGCAGAUAGAACAGAAUCUUAGCUGGGAGUUCACGAUGACUUCCAAUGAUGGCAAGGACCUGAAACCUAUAUUUGGGCCUAGAUUCACUGGUCUACGGAAUCUUGGGAAUAGUUGUUAUCUUGCUAGUGUUCUACAAUGCUUGCUUUCGCUACAAGAAUUUGAGACACGGUAUUUUAGACCCAGAGAACAGCCGCCAAGCGCAUCUCUGCCAGCAGAAGAUCUUGAGACUCAGUUAAGAAAAAUUGCAGAUGGCCUUAUCUCUGGCCGCUAUUCUGUUCCAGAUUCGGAUGUGGUAGCACACACAAGCUCCGAAGAUCUACCUUAUCAGUCAGGGUUAUCUCCAGCAAUGUUCAAGCACCUUAUUGGUAGAGGUCACGACGAAUUCUCAACAAUGCGUCAGCAAGAUGCCUUUGAGCUCCUUCUCCACCUUUUCAAACUUAUUAGCCUUAGCAAUAAUUCGGACUCUUUGAAUCCUGUGGCUUCUUUCCGCUUUGCAUUAGAGCAGCGACUGCAAUGUCUAUCUUGCCAAAAGGUAAGAUACAAGGUUGAUGAACAGGAUAACAUUUCUGUACACGUUCCAAUUCGUCGCUUAAAAGAAGCCAAUGAAACGGGAGAAAACACUCGCCGAUCCGGAGCAAACCAGGCUUCCAACUUCCAACGCGUGUCGCUCACAGAAUGUCUUGAUAUUUUUACCGGAGAAGAAAUCGUUGAACUAACAUGCUCCGGAUGUGCAAGUAAGAAAGGAUUUCGAAAGCGAUCUCUUUUUAAGACAUUUCCACAAAACCUCAUAGUAAAUGCCAGGCGAUUUGAACUGGUCAAUUGGGUGCCCACUAAGCUUGAUAUACCCGUUGACGUGAGUGACGAGCCCCUUGAUUUCAGCAAAUAUCUAUCCUUGGGCCACCAAGAAGGCGAAAUACUACUUAAAGAUGAACCUUCACCGCCGAAGGUCGAGUUCACACCCAAUUCCGAGGCGGCUAAUAUGCUUCUCGGCAUGGGGUUCCCGGAAGUUCGUGUCACAAAAGCGCUCCAUGCCACAGGUAACACCGAUGCUGAUGCAGCUUUGAAUUGGUUGCUCUCGCAUAUGGAUGACCCGGAUAUUGAUACUCCGGUCGUUCUUGAACAGUCUGCCAAACCAACUGAGGAUGAGGCGAAAAUUUGCCAGUUGACAGAUAUGGGGAUCGGCCGAGCCACUGCCCGGAAGGCUCUCCGCGAAACAUCUGGAGACAUUGGCAGAGCCGUAGAUUGGGUAUUUAGUCAUCCAGAAGAGGCCGACGAUAAUGAAGAGGAUUCUGUUGGAAGUAAACCAGCAGAACUUCCAGGCUCUAACGACAUUACCCCUGUAUUUCAAUUGCGUUCGAUAAUUUGUCAUAAAGGGCCUUCGGUUCACGCAGGGCACUAUGUUGCGUUUGUACGAAAACAAGUUUCUUCCGAAAUGGGUGACAGCUGGGUCCUCUUCAAUGAUGAAAAGGUCGUGGAGGCAGGCGAUAUCGAGGAAAUGAAACAGUUUGCGUAUAUCUACUUCUUUCGACGAAUGUAA